AUGGAGUCUAAACCACCUCUACCUGUUUCAGCGGACUCGUAUGUCUCGACUCAUAGCACUGCACUUGAGAGAGCUAGUUCACAGGCUUUGGUCGGCGAUGAGAACCCGCUCAACUGGUCGGCACUGCGCAAAUGGCCCUUGUCCAUUAUCGUGAUCCUGAUGUCCGCAACGAUGGGCUACUACUCCGGUGUGCAUGCUGCCUCGAUCCAGGCAGUCGCAGAUUUCUACGGAUGUUCGGUACUCGCGUCCACGUCUGCGGUGUCGUUCUUUCUCCUCGGAUUUGCUAUUGGUCCUCUCUUCUUCGCACCGUUGUCUGAAAUGCUGGGAAGAAACCCGAUUCUCAGAGUCGCGUUUGGACUCUUCGUCAUAUCCAAUAUCGGAGACGCGUUAGCGCCUAACAUCGAGACACUGUUGUUCUUCCGCUUCUUGGGAGGCCUUUUGGGAGCGCCGACAGUUACCAACACGGCAGGCUCCCUCACUGACAUGUGGGCUCCACAUGAGCGAGCUGUCCCACUCGCUCUUUUUACCGCAGCAAGUUUCUUAGGUUUUGUCAUCGGCCCCAUCUGUGGCGGACCUAUUACGCAGGGCUAUUGGACUUCCAUGAUCCUCGGCGGCAUAACCUACAUCUGCGCCCUCCUCUUCCUCCCAGAAACGUACGCCCCACAACUGGUCCGCGCGAAGCAAAUCAAAGCUGGUGGCAACCUCUCCAAUGUUGACUGGAAGAAACGCGCGCGCGAUAACCUGGUUCGUCCAUGGGUUAUGCUCUUCACCGAGCCCAUCGUGUGGGCCUUGUCAACGUACAUGGCAUUCCUAUACGGAAUCAUGUGUCUCGUACUCGUCGCCUAUCCCAUCGUCUAUAAGGAAUACAGAGGCUGGUCAACUGCCAAGAUGAGCGUUGGAUACACAGGCCUGGCAAUGGGAAUGGCUCUUCCAACAAUCCUAUCACCUCUGCUAAAUCGCGCCCAUACACAUUUUGUGCGCAAACUAGGUCCGCAGCCUGAAGCACGCUUCCCACUGCAGAUAGCUUUCACAUGGCUAACACCUAUUGGGCUCUUCUGGUUCGCAUGGACGGCAACAGCGUCUGUACCGGCUGUCGUGCCCAUUCUGGCUGGGGUUCCGCUGGGUAUCGGUCUUCUGACGGCUUUUCUGGAUAUUGCUGCGUAUCUUACCGAUUGCUAUGGUAUAUACGGGGCAAGUGCCCUUGCUGCAAAUGGACUUCUGUGCCGACUCUUUGGUGCAGCAUUUCCGCUCUUCUCGAAACGGUUGUAUGAGAGCUUGGGUGUACCGUGGGGAACUAGUCUGUUGGCUUUCGUCGCCACGGCUAUGGCGCCUAUCCCGUGGAUCUUCUAUCGCUAUGGGCCGACGAUCAGAAAGAAGAGCGCAUACCAUCAAGCCGCCAUGGGUCGUACAUAG